CUCUUAAUGACUUGUGACUCCAGUCUGAUUCUAAAAACGUCAUCUGAUUGGCUAACAUUGAACCUGGAUCAGGUAUGUCCCGCCCCCCCAUUUUAAGCUUCAGAGGUCACGUUUGUCCCAGAAUACGCGCCAUAAGCUGAUGUCUGCUCUCUGCGCGUGGUCAUUGUUUAGUAUCUCUGAGUUGAUGGACUUUAUAGAGAUUUUAAUUGGUGGAACUUAGGUAUUGUGUGAGCGUGUGUUUGACUGAAACCAAGAGGGCAAACUGGUUUCUGAUUGGAUCACGUGACAGAAGUAGCCCACUUGUGGCGGACAGCGCAUGGCGGGGAUCUGAGUCCAGCAGUCCUCUGUUGUGCAGCUGCAGUCGCCCGGAGGGAGUCCCUGGUGUCUGAAACCAUGGCACCACGGGGCCCAAGAGGACUGCUGCUCCUGUUGUUCCUGCACACUGCCACAGCGUCGUCCGGUUGGGGCGGGUGUCUGGACGCUCAGGACAUCUUCGCGGCGGUCCGAGAGAACAGCCCGACGGGGGAGGUCAUCGCCCGGCUCAGCACCGACGUCACGGACCCGGGAGCACGCCUCAGCCUGGCUGGGAAGGACGCCGACUGGUUCUUCCUGGAGGACGGCGCCCUCCGACUUAACGCCGCACCCGAGAAGAUCCUGGACAGAGAGGUGCAGGGCCCUGUCCUGAUGGCCGAGCUGGCCUGCCAUGAAGACGAUAUACUCCAGAGUGUGUACAGGAUCAUGGUGGAGAUUCUGAACGAGAAUGAUAAUGUACCUGUGUUUGCGGAGAACACAAUUCAGUCCGUUAUCCUCAGCGAGCUGACACCAGUUAACACUGUAGUGUUCACUGUCCAUGCCGUGGAUGGGGAUGACGACAGUCUGAUAUAUUCUAUUGACCAGGAAUCACCUGAUGCUGAAUACCUAAAGUUGGAUCUCCCGAACAGUGGUGAAAUCAUGCUGGCCAAACCUCUGGAUUAUGAAACCAAGUCUCUGCUGACUGUCACUAUUCAAGCCUCGGAGAUGAGCACGGCCGAGUGCUUCAACACCAGCACCACGGUCACCAUCACGGUGGUGGACGGGGAUGACCAGUACCCCCAGUUCCUGCCCUGCACGCUCCUCUUCCAGGACCCCUUCAACCGCAUCUGCAUCAGCCCCGUGUACACCGUCAACGUGACCGAGGGGCAGGAGGACAUCGUUUUAGACCUGUGUCCUGGUCCCAUACACGCGGUGGAUGGAGACAGCGGCCUCAGCUCCCCAAUCAGCUACGCCAUUCUCUCAGGGGGUGAUGAUGGCCGCUUCCAGAUGGACAGACAGACGGGGGAAGUGAGGCUGAUGCAGGCGGUGACAGACAGACUGACCAAACCCACCCUGCACAUACGGGUCAUGGCCUACCAGGAGGACGAUCCCAGGAAGUACACGGUGGCGUCGGUGCUGGUGUACGUCCACGCGGUCAACAGCUUCCCGCCGCGGUUCGAGCAGCAGGAGUACCAGGGCUUCGUGAACGUGGCCACCAUCCCCGCCUCGCUGGUCAACACCUACGGCAACCAAGUGUUGAUGUUACGCGUGCUGGAUGGAGACUUUACACAUGGAUCGAAUCCAAUGAUCCAGUUCACCUUUAGCCCUGCGUCCAAUCAGACGGCUCUCUACCAGAUCACCCAGGAGGGUCUUGUGAUCGCGAAGCCCAAUCAGCUGAGCGCUAAGCAGCGACACCGCCUCCCCGUCAUAGCUGUGGAUCAGGAGUCUGGGGACGCUGCCUAUACUACCAUAGUGGUAGACGUCCUCCCGGAGGGGAAACCAAUCCCUCACGGUCCCCUCAGAGAGGGCCAUCUAUCGGGCUGUGUGGUGGGGAAGGCCCUGGUCCUGUGCUUCCUGUUCAUGGUCCUACUGGGCUGCGUGCUGUAUGUGAUGGCCUGGCUGAUGAAGAAACACAAGGGCCACAGGGAGAGGUGCUGUGUGGCCCAGGGCAAGCACCCCAACGUGAGUUUAAGAUGGUACCAGCUGAUGAACCAGCGCGGUCCUCUGGCCCAGAUGGAGGAGGUGGCCUUCACCGACGGCGACCUGGGGACCUACAACCCCUCCUUCAGCCCCCCGGCUAAGCCCCCCGGGGUCUUCAUCCAUAAGGACCUGCCCCCCUGCCGCGGCCCCGCCCCCCUCAGCUCCGCCUGCCCCCCCGGCACCAUCCUCCCCCCUAGCCCCACCGCCUCCUGCUCCCCCCCGCCCGUCAGGUGCUCCUCCAGCGGGCCCGUCCUCCACCCCCCCGUGGCGUCCGUGAACCACUCGCAAAUGCACCCUCCGUCCAAAUCCCCCCCCCCGGAGGAACGCGAAGGGUCUCCGACAGCACCGUCACCUGCUGGGGGUGGGGGUAUAGGGGCUUGGGCUGACCUGGAACCAACCACCCCCACCACCACCACCACCAGCCCCGGCCUGAUGAGGCCCAGAGACCACCGCCCCCCCCCCCCUCCCCGCUGCCACUCCUGGGUCCGACCCCACCCUGUGCACCACCCAGCUGGGCUACGACCAUCCCCUGGCUCCACCCUCCCCCGGCGGAGAUCCCGACCCUGCUCCACCCCCCUACCCCACCCCGUCUGCCCCAGCGACACCCCCGGAGCCAUGGCAUCCCCCCCUAGGGCCCGCGCCCUGCUCCCGGACGCCGUCCAUCACCUCCCCUCGCUCCCCACCCCUCCCAGACGCCACACCUCUGGAAACCCCCGAGCGACCCCCGGCUGUGACCCCCCCGUCUCCAGACACGACCGGCCCCCCGACGGUAGACGUACCCUCCGCCUCCCCGGGCGCAGUAGGGGUGGCCGCCGGGGGCUCGGACAGCCGGCCCGCCCCCUCCACAAACUCAGAGGAACCCGCGCCCGGCUGCAAGGAGGAGGGGGGCGCCGACGGCCCCCCGGGAGACACGGAGGAAGAGCGGAGCAGAGAGGGUGAGGACGACUUAGACUCGGACGAGGAGGAGCUGUGGCGAGUGCUCACGCGAUUGAAUCCCGUGUUCAUCACCAUCAGUAAGUGAUGCCGCUAUGACGUCGCAGGCACCCAGGGCGGCCGCGGCUGAAGGCGCGCGGGGGGGGUUGAGGACGAGAGAGAGGCCUCGACCGCAGCGCAGGCGUCUUGGGUCGGCCCGUUCGGACGAGAGGAGGGGCGGCUCCGCUGGAGGUAUCUAGAGCAACGGCGAUUCGCCAUCCAUGGCACCACAAUUAGUUAUUGGUUGCAAACAACACACGGUGAUGUAGGUCAUAGCAUUGUUUGGAUGUUGCUUAUUGAUGACUUGUGUUUGACAUAUACUGCUUUAAAGUGCAUAAAUGUACCACUCAGCAUGCAAAUAGUCUUUUCAAUUUCACCCAUAAUAUAAUUUUAUAUCAUUAUAUAUUUUCCUAACUCGCUAUAGAUGAUACAUCUUUACAAUGGUCAUGAGUUCGUUUAAGCAGGCAUGGUAUUUCACGUUAUGCCUCUGUACAAGUUAUUUAUUGUUAUAAAAGUGAGUAAAUCUU